AUUGUCAGUCUCUGUUUCCUGACGGACGACUUUGAGCGUUGCACACGUGCUGUGUUUAGGUCACAUGUUGUAGCCGGCGCACGGCAGAAUGGCGGAGGAGCCUAGUAACCCGCUGCCAGGUAGUGGCAAGAAGCGGCCACGGGAAACGCAUCCUGUUGUGGAUGAAUCUGAACUACUCACAGUUCCUGAUGGCUGGAAAGAGGAGCCUUUCACUAAAGAAGAUAAUCCAAGAGGGCUGCUUGAGGAGAGCAGCUUUGCCACUCUAUUCCCCAAGUAUAGGGAAGCUUACCUCAAAGAGUGUUGGCCCCUCGUCCAGAAGGCACUAAAUGAGCAUUUUGUGAAAGCGGAAUUGGAUUUAAUUGAAGGCAGCAUGACUGUUAUCACUACCAAAAAGACUUAUGAUCCUUAUGUUAUCGUACGAGCAAGAGACUUGAUUAAGUUACUAGCCAGAAGUGUGCCCUUUGAACAGGCUGUGAGAAUCCUCCAAGAUGACAUGGCCUGUGAUAUAAUAAAGAUUGGAUCAAUGGUUCGGAACAGGGAGAGAUUUAUUAAGAGGAGACAGCGGCUUCUGGGACCCAAGGGAUCAACUCUAAAGGCUCUGGAGCUGCUUACAAACUGUUACAUCAUGGUCCAAGGGAAUACUGUAUCUGCUCUGGGGCCCUUUGGCGGCCUUAAGGAGGUUAGAAAAGUCGUUCUGGACACAAUGAAGAACAUUCAUCCUAUUUACAACAUUAAGGCUUUAAUGAUCAAAAGGGAGUUGGCUAAAGACCCCGAAUUGAGGUCAAAAAGCUGGGAUCGAUUUCUGCCAAAGUUUAAGCACAAGAAUGUGAGCAAGAGGAAAGAACCGAAGAAAAAACGAAUAAAGAAAGAAUAUACACCAUUCCCACCACCACAGCAAGAUAGCAAGAUUGACAAGGAAAUUGAAAGUGGUGAAUACUUCCUGAAAAAGAGCCAGAAGAGGAAAAAGAAACUAGAAGACAUAAAGACUAAACAAGCUGAAGCCGUUUCAAAGAGGCAAGAAGAAAGAAACAAAGCAUUUAUCCCCCCUGAGGAGAAACCUGUGGAGCCAAAGAAAGUUGCUGCUUCCACCAAGAUUGAUGUGAAUGCAAUUAAAGAAAAAGUGAAGAAAGCUAAAACGAAGAAGCUUGGUGCCCUCCCCGAGGAAGUAAAACAGCAGCUGCUGGACUCUGGCAAGAAGAAAAAAAAGAAAUGAGAUGAUUAUCUUAGAUCUUUGAACUGAUAUCCUGCAGACUGAUUCUUUUUUCCCGUCAAUGUCUAUUAAAUCAGUUUCUUCAGAGAAGAUGGAAACCUCCCAGGAUUACGCUGUGUUGCACACGUCAUGUUUUUACAGUUAUGUGUAACUCUGUUCAUUCAACAAUAUCUUCUAUUUCUUCCCUUUAGGCUCUGUUCAUAUCUGUAUUGUCCUUUCCGGUUUUCUGUUUCAUCUUUGGAAUAGAAAACUAUAAAUCGUGGAAUGGUUGAUACAGUAGCUUAUGAUUACACACCCCAUUGACUAAAAGGCUUAUCUGUUAGUCUGUUAUUUUAUUAUAAAAAAUACUUAUUCUUUGUCCCAGAUCACAUUUAACCAAAGGCUCCAAUGCAAAUGUGAACAAAGCCCAAGGUCAUAUUUGUGAACCAUGUAACAGGAAAAAUAUUUCAAUUUUACUAUGGUCAUUUUGUUUUUUUUUAAUGGCAGAUGUGUAAUUAAAGAAUAUUAACAAUUUUGAACAGUUUAAAAUGUAUUUUUAAUACAUUUGAAAAUUGUAGUAAUUGGUUGUUAUUGGAAAAGGUAAAUAGUCACUGUAUUGAGAGAUCCAUAGGGGGAGAUUUUUUCAAAACCUGAAUAGAGGAAUUGGAGCAGUUUCCCAUAGCAACCAAUUGGAUUGCAUCUUAUUUUUUAAAAGGCCUCUGAAAACUGAAACCAGCGAUCUGAUUGGUCGCUAUGGGCAACUGGUCAACUUUUCCUCUGCACUGGCUUUGCUAAAUUUCCCUGAUUAAUCCCUUUAAAGACAAUCAUGGCACACAAACUUGCAUGCAAUGCCGGUAGAGCCUUUAUUAGUAGGAUGAAGAGUGACAACUACUUGUACGUUCUAGAAGAUAUUAGGGAUCGACCGAUUUUUUUAGGGCCGAUACCGAUAAUCGGUGGAGGUUAGGGCCGAUAGCCGAUAACUUAUACCGAUAUUCCGGUAUAAGUUAUCGGCUAUUUAUCCCCCCGCGACACCGCUGCAGUGCAUUGAUUUAAAGCGGGCGCGGGGCAUUAUCGGCAAGGUAAUUGCCGAUACCGAUAAUGCCCAAAAUCGUGAUUAUCGGCCGAUAUCGGCCAUACCGAUAAUCGGUCGAUCCCUAGAAGAUAUAUGCAAUUUUAGUACAAACAAAGACCCAAAUUUAUGCCGAUGUUUCAGCCCUCCUGGGGGCCCUGUGGUUCUGUGACGUCUUCAAAGGAAGCGACAGCACAAACCGAAUUUCUGGCCGGAGAUUCCGAAUGUGGCUAGCACCAACUAAAUCAGUUUGGGUUGGACUACGCAUAUAAUGGCCUCCUCCUAGGUGGCAAUGUAUGCCUAGUGAAUUUUUCUGAAAAAAAAGGAGCAAGAUCAUUCUUUGAUCGACAGAACUGCCAGCACUAAGAUUCUGCUGGACCAGAAUUUCCAAGUAGAAUUUCAGAGUGAAAUUCCAUUGUGUGUACUUAGCCUUACUAUACAGAUCUGCUGUGACCAAGGCCGGGGAGGGCUGAUAUGUCGUCAGAAAUUUAGAUCUUAGUGGUACUAAAAUUCAGGUUAUUAAUUUUGAAACCUCCCAAGUUGGCUGAUAAUAUGUAGUAUGACAGGUUUUUUUCAAAUGGAAAAAGAAUAUGCUUCAAAUAGUGAUUACGGCUGAAAAAGCGCAUGAAAAUUUAAAUACCUUGGAAAGUUUUUCCGGUUUUGGUAUUUUUAACAGCAUGGAUAGAGCAGUCUGUAGCACUGGCUCCUAAUAUAAAGUAAUGACAUGGCACAAUCUAAAGCUAAUAAAAGUGAUGCAAUGGUGCUCAUGUGAAGUUAGUUAUUUUUCAUAAUUGCACCCAUGGUCAAAUUGGCGGUCCAGUACCUGAAAAUAGUAACGUUUUUGUUGCUCCGCUGACGCUUGUAUCUCUGAAGUUUCAAAGGAGGCUCCUGAAAUCUCCACGGCAGCUGUACCUAGCACGUGCCUGUACUAAUUCGCUCCUAAGGAGCUGGAGCUAUUAGAGUAACAUUUCUAAGUGUACAGUAUAAAAAUAUCAGUGUAUGAUUUCCUUAUGUUUAAUUGUACUUUCUAAUGGUAGUCAAUCUCCACCUAUACAUUUGUGAGCUUUUUGUUAUACAGUGAUCCCUCAACUUACAAUGGCCUCAACAUACAAUGGUCUUUUCUGGACCAUUGUAAGUUGAAACCUGACUCAACAUACAAUGUACAGACAGUCCAGAUCUGUGAAACGUGUCAAUGGCUGGAAGAACUGACCAAUCAGAAUGGGCAUUCGCUUGUAAAACCCCUGUAUUACUGAAGCGUAUGCACUGACUGGUGUCUGGUAGCGCCCCCUACAGUACAGGGAGGUAUUAUAUGUCCUGUACACUUUACCUGUACCAGGGUUAGCUGCUCCUUUGGACACCAGGUGAGGGCGGCUCCAUGUAAAAAUUUUUAGGACACUGUGUGUACUGUACAGGACCCUGAAGAAGCUCCUUUCCUCUACAUAGACCAGUGUUUCCCAAGCAUUGUGCC